ACGCCGCUGCAGACAUCAUGGCGGGCCCGUUCCUGUCUCCGCUGCCUGGAGACCUGCUGUCCGAGUACAUGUUCGGCCGCCGCAGGCAGCGCCGGAACCGCACCACCUUCACGCCGCAGCAGCUGCAGGAGCUGGAGUCGCUGUUCCAGAAGACGCACUACCCGGACGUCUUCCUGCGGGAGGAGGUGGCGUUGCGCAUCAGCCUGUCCGAGGCACGCGUACAGGUGUGGUUCCAGAACAGGCGCGCGAAGUGGCGGAAGCAGGCGCGACUGCAGCUGCUGCAGGACGCGUGGCGCAUGCGCUGUCUGGGGCUCGCCGCGCCGCCGCUCCUGCUCGGUGAGUACACUACCUUACACUUCACACUGCGCUACCCGCUAGCGGCAGCUCACUGUGCUCGCUUUGCUGCACGAUAUUUUGUGAAUCCAUCAGAAAACUAUGUGAUGCAACCUGAGGAGGAUCGGCAUCACUUUGUGUUCUUCUGCCAUGGGUCUUGUGUUGUAAAUGCUCUCGACUACAGAAAGUUCGUGGAUAGCAAAACUCUACCAGUCCUUCAAUUUGUGGAUGCGAUGAUGCCAGCGGCGGCGACGGCGGCGGCGGCGGACGCCGCCCUCAAGAUGGACUCCGCGGGGGCGGCGGCGGCGGCGGCGGCUGCGGCGGCUCUCUGCCGGGACGGCUACCGCACCGCCGUGCACGGGAGUGUAAUUGCAUCUAAUUUGAAGCCUGAUUUUAUCUUCAGUAUACGUGAGCUUGAAGUAAACUGA